CUCUCUCUCUUUACGAAAACACUUUCGGGAAGAAUCGGGGUUUUCCUGUCACGGACCCGCGCGCAGCCCGCCUUUCGCCCAGAGCCAAACCGUGGCCUAGCGGCAGGACCGGCUCGACUAUGUGGAGAAGGAAACGAGCACUUGGGGACUCUUUGACUUGUCUCGUAUUUCUUGUGACGCUCGCCGGUGCUUAUGGAUUCCUGAGCCAGAGCGCAGCGUCCCAGUUCCUGCGCAGACACAGGAGAGCGAACUCUCUGUUCGAGGAGAGCAAGAAGGGGAACCUGGAGAGGGAGUGCAUCGAGGAGCUGUGCAACAAGGAGGAGGCCAGGGAGAUCUUUGAGAACCACCCGGAGACGGAAUACUUUUACCCCAAAUACGUCGCGUGUCUGGGUUCACACCGCGUCGGCAUCAACAAUCAGAACUCUCCCAUCCUGUCGGACCUUCGCUCCUGCGUGAAUGAGAUCAGUAACCAGUGCUCCCCGUUCCCGUGCUACAAGGAGGGCACGGAGCGCUGCGUGGACGGCCAGGCCUCCUUCACGUGUGUGUGCAAACCCGGAUGGAAGGGGCCGCACUGCCAAGUCGACAUCGACGAGUGCUCAGACCCUGACUUCCCGGGAGGAUGUAACCAGAAAUGCUCCAACGUCCCUGGCAGUUUUCACUGCAUGUGUGAAGAAGGUUUCUACCUCAUUGACAAAAUUCACUGCGUGGAUGUGGAUGAGUGCCAGUUGUAUCCCUCGACCUGUGGGCAUCCGGCUAAAUGUGUAAACAUGCCGGGCAUGUUUGAGUGCCAUUGUCCCCUGGGAUUUAAAUAUAACUUCACUUCCAGGACCUGCAGUGAUGUGGAUGAGUGCGAGCAGAAUGUGUGCGACGGCACCUGUGUUAACACCGUGGGCAGCUACAAGUGCCUCUGUGACGGCCGCCUGGGCCUUCGCUUAGCAGAGAAGGGGCGACGCUGUGAAAAGAUCCCUGUGUGCGUGAAGCUGUACAACCACAAACACUCCGAGAUGCUUUACCUGGGCGAGCAGUUUGUAGGUCUGCCUGUCAUCUUUCUGCGCUUCCGUCUGCCAGAGAACACAAAAUUCGCAGCAGAGUUUGACUUCCGAACGUUUGAUCCAGAGGGAGUUAUCUUGUAUGCUGAGUCCUCUCAGGACUCGUGGUUCAUGUUGGGGCUGAGGGGCGGUCGCAUCGAGGUCCAGUUCAAAAACCAGCACAGCUUCAAGGUCACUAGUGGAGGAAAAGCCAUCAACGACGGACAGUGGCAUGUGGUGUCUGUGGACGAACUGGAGAGCAGCAUCAGUGUGAAGAUUAGCAAAGAGGCUGUGAUGAGCAUCAACAGCCCUGAGAGCCUAUUUACACCAACUAACGGCAUGCUGGAGACCAAGGUCUACAUCGCUGGUCUGCCCAACCGCACGGACAUCAUCAUCAAACCUAUCAACCCCCGCCUUGACGGCUGCAUCCGAGGCUGGAACUUGAUGAACCAGGGAGCGUCCGGAGUCAAGGAGGUCAUUCAGGAGAAGAAGAGUAAACAUUGCUUUGUGAACGUGGAACCAGGAUCUUUCUUCUCUGGGGCAGGACUGGCACACUUCAGCAUUGACUACAAUGCUUCUGGGAGCUGGAGUGUAGAACUAAAGAUGAGCAUACGUCCAUCCACCAGCACAGGUGUCCUCUUCGCUCUGGUCUAUGACAACACGGUCCCCCUGACGCUCGCUGUGGUAGCAAAGGGAGAAGAUGAAGCUAACUUACAAGUGUUCAUAGACGGCGUCUCCGUGGCGAGGCUGGACUCUCUGCUGCUGUGUUACCCUGAGCGGAUGACCCUGCUGCUGAACGUGACUCCAAGCGAAAUCCAGAUUUCAGCCGAGUCGUCAAACGUCAGCUACGUUAAAUCUGGAGUCCUGCAGGACUCACUGAGGCGCCUCAACUCCAGCAUGCUGAACCCUGUCAGGACGUAUGUUGGUGGAAUACCAGAUAAUGUCCCUUUAUCUGCCACCCCCAUGUCAGCGUAUUACCACGGAUGCAUGGACAUCACUGUCAACGGCCAGCAGUUGGACUUCGACGAGGCUCUUGGCAAACACAACAGUAUUACGUCCCAUUCCUGUCCGCCUUUCUCCCCGACCCCUGAAAGUGACCUUAAUUAGCACCAGCAUCACAUAGUGACUCGCUCGCAUUAGGAAACAUCUCACAGGGGCAGGGCAGAGAGGCAAGGGAGGGACGAGUGGGGAAAUGAGAUGAGAAGAUGAGAGAUAAACAAUUAUAGUCAUUUUUGUCGACUUUCUUUAAAGGAUUAAAGCAUUUUAAGACAGUAUUAUUGUUUUUCUCCUGAAAGCAUUGUGUUUACUUUAUUUUUAUUCUUUGUGCAUUUUAUAAAUGUUCCCAAGGUUCAGCAAAAGCUGGUAAAACAGAUGAUUGUUGGAAAUAAAUAAAUAACAGUAGGACUGCUGGAACAAUGCAUAGUUGCAAAGAAAUACAAAUUUUAAGACCCAAGGAUCUUUAGAAAAGGCUAAGCUUAGCAACAAGGAUGGUGAUGUUUGUAGAAAGGGUCACUGUUGCCCAGACUGAGACUGAUUUUUCCUAGCAGUGGAAACGGUACUAAUUAUAGUAGAGAUGUCAAGGAACAAGUGGCUAAAGGUAUUUAGUGGUUAGUUGUGGUGGUUGAACCCACAGAGAGAGUGGAGACUCCAGGCCUUUGAUUCAGAUAUCCCUUCAUGGAGUUCUGCCUUCAUAAAACGUUUCGGGAAACACUUUAUUGCUGAAUGAAUCUGGCCUUGCAAAACUAUCUUCAACCAUAUUCUUUAUACUGUAUGUCUUUAUCUUCAUUGUUCUGUGUUCAGAAUUUACCUUGUGUAAAUAAAGCAAACCAUCUUUAAUAUAUAACUUAAAUGUACUUUGUUCAGUACCAUUUGUUUUAUCUGGGUUUGAAUAAAUUUCUGUAAAUCAAC